AUGUUCCUCAAGCUGUUAUUUUUCGUUUGCUUUGCGAUUUGCAGCAUCGAUGGUGCCAACAUCGAUCGCGUCGGUGUCGAACGCAUCAACGGUGGCGACAGCGCUGAUCCUGCCAACUAUGGAUACCACGUGGCAAUCCUGUACCUUGACCAAGAGUCAGAACACCUUGUGCAUCUUUGCGGUGGUGCUAUCAUCGACAGUCGAUACGUUUUGACGGCAGCCCACUGCGUUUUUGGCAAUCACAGCAGCGAAAUCGUCGUUCGUGCCGGUGGUAACCAAGCGCCCGAACUGGACAAACCUUACCUAGAGCAACGCGUCUUCCGCAGAGUAAGCCAAAUCGCAUAUCCCAAGAAUUAUUUCAAGGACGAGAGAUACCAUGAAUACGACAUAGCCGUACUUAAGAUCAAAGGGUCGUUCGAUUUGAUCGACGAGGAACAUUUUAAGAAGCUUUAUCUACCGUCCUCGAACGCGGACUACGUAGACAAAGUGGCAGAAGUCAGCGGCUACGGAGUUCACGAUCCGGCUGACCUCGACGGCAAAUUGGAGGGCAAUAAUUUCAAGACACUCCGCACUAGGGUCAUAUCGACGAGCCAGUGUCAACAGUCAAGGGCUUUCUUACUUACGAGCGGUAGUCUUUGCACUUUGUCGAACACCAAUUACGGACAUACUUGCUACGGCGACGGUGGCGAUCCACUCGUCUACAAUAACGAAAUAAUUGGAAUUUUGAACGCUCCCAGCAGUUGCGACAAGGAUACGCCCGAGCUUUUCACCAAAGUCUCCAAGUACGCUUAUUUCGUACAAAAAAUCCUCAACGACGAGUACGCUUAUGACGUAGUAUAUGCUUAA